UAAGGUUGAAUUACUCAAUUCUUUCCACGCAGAGGAAGAGAGAUAAAAGACAUAAUGUCUUUAUCAAAGUGUCAUACCUCUACACCAGAAACAACAAACACAGCUCGACUGGCGAGGCUUAUACUGGGACCAUGUACUGAUGUUUUACGUGACAUUCUAAAAACAGAAGUGUUACCAUCUGAUUUGUCUAAAACGGUUAAGAUAUUCACAAAGAGUCUAAAAUAUGGACAACGAAACCCAUUCAACAAAGCACAAGUAGAGAUGAUUUUCCCCAAACCAACGAAUCAAUACAGUGGCGAUUAUUCGGACUUAGACAUAUCGUUAUUGUAUAUGCUUAUACGCAAUGUAAGUAAUAUAGCAGCGCAUUCUAAUGGUUGGGGAGAGAUUCCUUAUCCCGGUGAUAGAAGCGUGGCAGCCAACAUUGAAAGAAUUCGCCUCAUUAGGAACCAGUAUUACGGACAUUCAGCUGAUCUGUCCCUAUCCGAUUCAGAAUUUAGACACGAAUGGAGAAACAUCCGGGACAUUGUGGUGGAGCUAGAGCGACAUCUAGGAACAUCCACGGUUUACCAAGAUGCAGUCAACGAGAUAAAAACCUGCUCCAUGGACCCAGAACAAGAGAAGAAAUACAUAGAUUUACUUGGAGAUAUCAGAGAACUUCAUUCAACUGUGGAUAAUCUUUCGAGUAAUAUGCAGAAAAUACAAAGGGAAUUGGUCCUUCAUGGUAAAUAUCUUGUAUCAGUUUCAUGUCAUGAUGACCGUGAAAUGACAGGAAAUCCUGCUUGCCAUAGCGUUAAUUUUUAUACAAUGAAUAGAACAACUAAACAAAUGAUACAAAAACAUAAUGAAGCUGUUAGUAGUUUCUUUAUAAAAACUCGUGCAUUUGACAGAGCGAAGGAACUGUUGGACAUUAACGGUUAUGUCGUCAUCAAGGGAAACCCCGGGACUGGAAAAACCACAAAUGCCAAGAUGUUAAUGAAAGAAUUGAUGGAGGAAGGAAAUUCUCCUCUUCAGCUUUACAAGUUAACAGACUUGUAUGGUAACAUAUCACCGGGUGAUGGUAUAGUGGUAUUUUUUGACAAUUUAUUUGGAGAGUUUUCUUUGAACAGCUAUGAUAUUCAGGAGUUUAAAGCUAUGACGGAGAUGAUACAAGUGUUGAUUGAGAGUGGCGUAGAUAAGAAAUCAAACAGAUUGAUAUUUGCGCUAAGAAAUGAUAUAUAUCGGGAAUAUGUACAAAACGAGUGCGAUGGCGAUUUCUUCCUGUCUUCCGUGGUUGAUCUAUCAAGCAAGGAAAAUGCUUUGCUUAAGGACGAGAUUCUACAGCUAUCACAAAAAUAUCAGCUUUCUGAGUACAUAGAAGACAGAGAACUUAUCAAUAAGGUAUUUGAAAAGCCAUUAUCUAUAGGAUUCCCACAAUGUUGUAAAUUGGCAAGAAGUAAUGAAGUUUUUAAAGAAAAUGUUUCCGCUUUUUUUCCCAAUCCAAUGUUGUUUUUGAAAGACUACUUAAAAACUUUAAUGAAAAGUCGAACUGCAAAAAGUGCUGCUUUAGUGUACCUUCUCCUGAGUGGAGGAGAAGUAGAUUUUAAAUUUAUUGAUAGGUCUCAUCUGGAUUUAGAGAUGAAACAUGCCUCUAUAGAAUUCGCAGGUCUACAAAGCUCAUACGUUAACGAUUUCCAAGACAAUAUAAAAAAUGACCAAGGCGCCAAUGUAUUACAGUCUGCAGCAAGUUCUGGGGACAAACAUGCAUUUAAUCUUUUGUUAGAGUUUGGCUGUGAUCCAUUAGAAAAAGAUCGAUUAAGUGGUCACACUGUACUUACUUGUGCUUGUCAGGAUG